AACUUCCAGCAGAGUUCCCCAGUCAGCUGAAUACAGCACGUGAGAGGAACACAGCAGAUUCCCUACUAAAGUUACCAUGGAAACCAAGAGAACCGUUCUGGCAGUCCUGGCUCUUUGCCUGUUGUGCGCAGCAUUGACUGAAAGCAUGUCACUAACAAGGAUUCAAGAACUCAGGUGUCUCUGCAUUAAGACAGAAAGCAAGCUCAUCCAUCCCAAGCACAUAAAGAAUAUUGAGGUGAUCCCUAAUGGGCCACACUGCAAAAACGUGGAAGUCAUAGUAACUCUGACAAAUGGACAAGACAUCUGCUUGGAACCAUCAGCCCCAUGGGUUAAGAAGAUCAUUGACAAAAUUCUAGAUAGCUCUAAGACUCCAGAACUUACUCCUGCUGUUUAAUCAGAUGAUGACAUUGAAAUUUAUUCAGAGUGUUCCUGAACCCAGAAAAUGGAACACUUCCUUCUGUUAUAUAAUGUGAACGACAAUGGUAUUUUACAUUUACUGGGUUUCACACAUCUAUAUCCCUCCCAAAACACCAACAAAAACACCAUGUUAAAUCUACAAUGCAAUAAAUUUAACAAAAAUAAGUUGUCAAAACAUGGGACACAGGAAAAUGCUUAAAUUAAAUAAAUGUAUAAUUUAUAUUUAUUUAUAUAUAUAUUUAUGUAGGGAAUCAGAUAUAAGGUAAUUAUUAGUUAUACACAUUGAAAUGUAACUAAAGAACAAUGAGGAAAACUGUAUUAUUUUAGAGAGGUUAGAGAAAUACAUUUUCUGAUAUAUUUUUAAAUGAAUCCUGAAUUUUUAAAUGAAUCCUGAACAUAAUUGAUUUUGCAUAUCUAUGUAUUUAUUUAUGUAUUUCUAAUAUUUUUUUCUAAUAAAAAUAUGUAUGUUUUACAAUAUGUGUAUUGUCAGUUGUGGAGAAUACACAAGUGGAGAAUAAAGUGAAAAUACAUUGCAAAUAAA